AUGCGCGUGCCCGUGGUCACCUGCGCAGGGCGCGAGCUCGCAGCCCUGGACGCCGAGCCCUCCUGGCAGCUGCCCGACGUGCUCGCGGCGCUGCCGGCCCAGGCCGCGCAGCAGGAGGGGGGCGCGCGCCUCUUCCUCGGGGAGACGGAGCUCUGUGGAAGCGCGACGCUGGCCGGCAUCGGGGCCAGGAGCGGCAGCGAGCUGACGCUGGUCGUGACCGCGGCCGCGCGAGUGGUGUCCGGGUGCCUGGACGGGUCGGCGAGGGUCUGGUCCAAGGACUCUGGGCACUGCCUGCGCACGCUGAGCGGCCACGCGGGCCGCGUGAGCUCGGCCGCGUUCUCGCCGGACGGGCGGCUGGUGGUGACCGCAUCGCACGACGGGACGGCGAAGAUCUGGUCUGCCGGUUCUGGCGAGUGCCUGCACACGCUGCGGGGCCACCAGGAUUGGGUGUACUCGGCCGCGUUCUCGGCGGACGGGCAGAGUUUGCUCACCGCCUCGUGCGAUCGGUCGGCCAAGGUCUGGUCCGCGCGGUCUGGGGACUGGGAGUGCGCCCAGACGCUGGAGGACUCGGGCGCCGUCUGUGCCGCCGCCUUCUCGCCGAGCGGGCAGGAGGUGCUGACCGCAUCGGACGAUGGCACAGCGAAGAUAUGGUCCGUAGACUCGGGGAGGAAUUUGCGUACGCUUCAGGCCCACAGGGAUCGCGUGAACUCGGCCACGUUCUCACCGGACGGGCUCGGGGUGCUGACCACGUCCCACGACUGGACGGCCAAAAUCUCGUCCGCCCUCUCGGGAGAGCGCCUGCACGUCCUGGUGGGGCACCAGGAUCGCGUGAAUUGGGCCGUUUUCUCGCCGAACGGACAGGAGGUGCUGACAGCCUCGCGCGACUGGACGGCGAAGAUGCGUCGGCGGCUUUGGUCCGCCGAGUCCGGCGAGUGCCUGCGCACGCUGGUCGGCCACCGGGACUGGGUGAACUCGGCGGCGCUCUCGGCGGACGGGCAGGAGGCACUCACCGCCUCGGACGACGGGUGCACGAGGGUCUGGUCCGUGGGCUCGGGAGCGUGCCUUCGCACGCUGAAGGACCCCGGCGGCGUCGUCUGCUCGGCCGCGUUCUCACCGCUGGCCUAG